AAGAAGAAGAAGAAGAAGAAGAAGAAGAAGAAGAAGAAGAAGACGACGACGACGAAGAAGACGAAGAAGAAGAAGAAGAAGAAGAAGAAGAAUUUGUUAGAUUUCAGUCGGUUUCAUUUACUUCGUUAUCAGUCAGGGGCUUUUAAUGCACAAUAAUGAACUAUUGUGACUACGACUCUGACGGAUAUUCGUCUAAUGAGGACGCAGACUACGUCCCAUCAGAUGAUAAUUUAAGCGAAGAUGACAUUAACCAGUGUUUAAAGGAAGACCCUCUGUACGAAAAUGAUGUUGUACCACAUCCUGAUGAUGUCAGCAAAACAAAAAGGAAGAAGAAGGCCAUCAGCAUGAGAAAGAGGAAGAAAGGAGUACUAAAAUUUGAGAUGGAAGGAGGGGAUGGAGGUGAAGCACAAGAGUCCCAUCCAGCACAGGAAGAGAUGGUCAAACCCAGAGGGGAAGGGGAUGUUGAUGAAGAGAAUUCAAAGAAAAAAUCUGAUGACCUCUGGGUGAGAUUCCUGUCUGAUGUUGGAUCCAGACCCAAACAAUCCACAGAUAAUGCACAGUCAAGUACCACACAGAAGGCAGACUCUCCAGCAAUGAAGACUGCUCUUUUGACUAAAGAAACAACAGCAUCAGAACCUGCCAACGUCACCGUCACUAAAGUGUUCGACUUUGCUGGAGAAGAAGUUAGAGUUAAUAAAGUGGUGUUAGCAAACUCCAGAGAAGGUCAAAGUUAUCUGAAGAGCCAAAAUGCUGAACCGGAGGAGAAUGGAGAAGAAGACACAAACUCAUCACCCGGUCAACCACCUCUUCCUGGCACCAGUGCUAAGCGACCAGCUGGCAUGUCAAGCCUUUUGAGUCGUAUGGGGGGAAAGAAACAAAAGAUGAGCACACUUGAAAAAUCAAAGAUGGACUGGGAUGCAUUCAAAUCCGAGGAGGGCAUCACGGAGGAGCUGGCUAUUCACAACAGAGGCAGAGAAGGGUUUGUGGAGCGGAAGAACUUCUUGGAGCGGGUCGACCAUCGCCAGUUUGAGUUAGAAAAAGCAGUAAGACUGAGCAACAUGAAACAAUGAUAGAGUUUCCGUUUCCUCAGUAAAGUUGCCCCAGACUGGUGCUGUUGCUUGGGUCUAUUUCAGAACAUGGAUAUUAAUAGGUGUAGUUUGUGUAAUGGUCAGGUUGAGUGUUCUGUCCUUCCAUCAUUGUGAGAACCAAUUAGAUUUUCAAAUCUAAUUGUUUAAUAUUCAAAUCUAAUAGAUUAAUAAAUCUAAUCUAAGAACAUUUUUGAAUUGUGAGGUCAUUCUUGUCUGUUCAUGGAGCUGAUGACAAAGUUUUAAUAAUUUGCUAUUAUUACAACUUUUGUUUUUAAUUUUGUACAUUCAUUUUAUUUGUUAUUGUAUUUGUACUCACCACUUAAAUUUUUAUAUCUAAAUAACUCUGAAAGACAGGCCAAGAAACACAAGCACUCAGACAAUGGUAAAGACAGACUCAAUUUACAGAUUACAACAAAAAAUAUCGAAAUAGAAAUAAAAAGUAGACUUAAAUUGGAAUCUUGUAAAAGUUAGAGCAACUGGCUCUGGAAAUAUUUGUUUUCCAUCUGUAGUUUUCUUAAAGAGUUAAAUGUUACUAACAGAAUCAAAAUAAAGCUGCAAAUGCAAAGGCCAAAUCUCGAGUGGAUGUGUUUAUGUGGGCCCUCAUAUACCAGAAAGAAACUGGGUGUCACCAUAAGUCCUGCGCUAUUCACCAACAUUACCAAUUGACCUUUGGAAGCUACAGAAGAUAUAUAUGGUGCCAUGCAUUGAUGCUCUGCAUGUAAAUAUAUUUGUCCAAGCAGAGCCCUAAAACUGUAAAUAAAUAACUUUUCACAGUCCA